AUGUUUUCGGAUGCGUUUGGAACAAACUGUCACUUUAUUGGCUGCAAUGCAAGAAGACCGUAUUUUUCUUCCUCCAAAGAUGUGCUGGGAAACUUGAGCAGCGCUGGGAAGAAACCAAAUACUGUGCACAAUCUAGGAACCAUGUACAGGAAGUGUUUAGACAAGAAUGAUACUCCUGGUGAUUUCGCCAAUGUUCUAAAGGAAUAUGGAUAUACUACCUGGCCAAUAAAUAGCACAAAGAAUGGCGAUCCUGGAUGGAAUCUUACGGAUUUCUUUAACCAUUCUGGAAUUAACGUACUCUUUAAUUUGGCGGUAAUUACAGACCCCAAAAACGCCUCGAACUUCAUUAUUAGGAUUGGCCAUAAGCCCGUGGCAAUAUCAACAGGCGACGCACUAAUCAAAUACAAUCAACUACUGAUGGCCCUUAUGAGCUCAGGGAGCUCAAACUAUGACAACGUAUCUCUUCAAAAUUUCGCUGACCGCGUAAAUGAGAUCGAGGCAUUGCUCGUCAAUCUCUCCAAUCCUGUGAAUGUUUCCCGGCCGGCUCCUUCUAUUGCGUCGAUCUCCGAGCUACAGCAGAAUUUCUCAAAUAUUCCUCUUCUUCAAAUGCUGAACAAGGAAUUUUCAAAGUUGAACAUCACUCUAAAUGAAUCAGAGAGAGUGCUCGUCAACACGUUGUAUUACUACGAGCAGCUAAACGAAUUUCUGCCUAAAGCGUCUUCUGCUGACCUAGAAAUGUUGUACAAUUACGCACCCAUCUGCAACCUAUAUUUACUACUCGAGCACGCUUCGACAAAAAUUCGAGAGAGCUUCGGGGCAGCGAAGCGUAAAGGAGACUGGGACGAUUGUUACAAUUUCCUAAGAAAAAAUAUGCCUGAGGUGAUUGAGUACAUCUUUAUAAACUCCACAUCCAGUCUCGACGAUCGAAAUGAGGUGUUGAACAUAGCCGAAAUGAUUCGUGAGACAUUCAACGCCACAAUUGAAAAUGCCGACUGGAUGAACAACGAGAGCAAAGCUAUCCUGCAGCAGAAGUUAAAUGACAUGGUUUUAGGAAUUGGAUGCCCGGAUUAUAUUUUGAACAUCACAUAUAUUGACGGCCAGUACAAACACGUACCCAGAUUCAGUACCACAACAACUAUACUCGAAAUGAUGUACUUCCUUGAGCAAAACAAGUACUUGAAGCAACUGGCUACGUUAAGGGGACCAAGCCACAGCGACAGCUUGUUGCAAAGGUGGCAGAAAAGCGCCUUAGACGUGGGUGCCUUUUACUAUCCUCCGGAAAACCGAAUCGAAAUACCUUGGGCAAUGUUCCAUCCUCCAUUUUUCCAGCGAGGAGUUCCUCGUUCCCUAAACUUUGGUGCCAUCGGCGGGCUUAUUGCUCACGAAAUGCUCCAUGCCUUCGACGCAAGCGCUAUGAUAAUCAAAAAGGUUGAAUCAAACAAGAAUCUGGAUUCUAACGAUACAACCGCGUUUAAGAACAAAACGAAGUGUUUUUUCAACCAAUACAAAAACGCCAGCGAGACGCUGUGGAAGGGUAUCGACCCCGCGGACUUUUGGGACCCGGAUGAAUAUUACGAAGAAAAUGACUUUAGAGGGUCCGUUCAGAAAUACUUGCAACGGCUUACGAUGUUAUUAACGAUAUCCAACGCGGUCAAUUAUGCGAAAACAUUGAACGAGGAUAUCGUGGACAACGGAGGCCUGCGGACAUCUUUUAUGGCUUACUCCAGAGUACUUGAAGACGAAUGCGACAAUAUAGAUACCCGUCUGCAAGGCGUGCCCCAAUUUUCGGGGGCGCAGCUGUUCUUCGUUUCAUGGGCAAUGGGUUUUUGUCGCAACGUAAGUAGAAAUGGAAUCCUCGUUCAAGUUGAGAAAGAUAAACACAGCCCUGAACAACUCAGAGUCAACGUCGCACUACGAAAUUUUAAAUCUUUCGCAGAAGCAUUCAAUUGUUCAGUGGGAUCGUAUAUGAACCCGACCGACAACGAAAGAUGCAUUUUAUGGUGAUAAAUCUUCAGAAGACAUGACAAUGGAAGUUAUGGAGCACGACGCCAUUGAAACAUGACUAUUCCAAAGCAUUCUUUA